AUGUUCGAUACCUCGAACGAAAAGGCCAUCUCCUCCUCUACAAGCACAGGUCCAGACCAUCAAGGUUAUGAUGGCCAGAGAGCGACCGACACUGUUCCCUAUGGAGGAGGUAUUCUUGGCGAGAAAAGCCCGGGUGUGAAACGCAUCGAAGCAAUAUCAGCCCAAUUUACCAAGGUCGACCGUAUCUUCGUCUUUCUUGGCGUCUUCUUGAUUUCCUACGCAUAUGGAUUGGAUGGUAUCAUCCGGUAUACCUAUCAGCCUACUGCCACUGCUUCUUACAGCACGCAUUCCCUUCUUGCAACCGUCAACGUCAUUCGUGCUGUCAUCGCGGCUGCGGCUCAACCAACGGCUGCGCGGAUCGCUGACGUAUUCGGUCGUGUCGAGUUGAUUCUCGUCUCGGUCUUCUUCUACGUGCUCGGCACUAUCAUCGAAGCAUGCUCAAAUAAUGUGCAGGCAUUCGCUGGAGGUGCUGUACUGUACCAGAUCGGGUAUACUUGCGUUCUCCUCUUGGUCGAGGUUGUUAUCGCAGACAUCACGAGCCUGAGAUCCAGAUUGUUCUUCUCUUACAUUCCGGUACUGCCAUUCAUUAUCAAUACGUGGAUCAGCGGCAAUGUGACCAGCGCGGUGUUGGGCACAACGACUUGGCGAUGGGGGAUCGGAAUGUGGGCGCUGAUCUAUCCUGUCUGCGCGCUUCCACUGAUCAUCGCACUCUACCUUGUCGAUAGGAGAGCCCGUAAAGCGGGUAGUCUGGAUGCAUACAAAUCACCCUACCAGCUUCUUGGAGGCCGUCGAUUAAUGAUCGAGCUGUUCUGGCAGCUCGAUGUGAUUGGCGUCAUCCUGCUCAUCGCUAUCUUCGGCCUCAUACUUGCACCAUUGACUCUCGCCCAAGGUCAAGCCAAUCAAUGGCAGUCCGGAAAGAUCAUUGCUCCGGUUGUAAUCGGCAUCGUUUGCGUGCCGGUCUGGAUUGUGUGGGAACGCCGGGCAAAACAUCCCAUCGUUCCGUUCCACCUAUUGAAAGACCGUGCGGUAUGGGCUGCGUUGGGCAUGGCAACGAUGCUCACUUUUGCCUGGACCAUGCAAGGUGACUACCUCUACACCGUGCUCAUCGUCGCAUUCAACGAGUCAAUCCAGUCUGCAACCCGAAUAACAUCUCUGUAUAGUUUCACAUCCGUCAUCACUGGUGGUCUCGUGGGCCUGGUGGUUCUCAAGGUGCGGCGGAUGAAAGCCUUUAUCGUUUUUGGCACAGUCCUCUUUCUCGUUGCCUUUGGACUAUUAAUCCGCUAUCGUGGUUCCCCUUCUUCAUCUGGCCAUUCCGGGAUAAUUGGCGCCCAGGUUGUGCUCGGUAUUGCGGGGGGGCUGUUUCCUUACCCUGGCCAGACUUCAAUCCAAGCAGCAACGCGACAUGAGCAUCUUGCUGUCAUCACGGGUCUGUAUCUAAGUUGCUACAAUAUCGGCUCGGCACUCGGGAACGCCGUCAGUGGUGCUAUAUGGACACAGGUUCUUCCCGGACGGUUGGAUACCAAUCUCGCAGGGUUUGGGAAUGCAACCCUAGCCACAAGCGUGUUUGGUGACCCUUUCACGUUCAUAGCUGCAUACCCUGUUGGCACGCCGCAGAGAGAUCAAGUGAUCGAUGCAUACCAGUAUACGCAGCGCUUGCUUUGUAUCACAGGCAUUUGUUUGUGUGUUCCUUUGAUCAUAUUCUCCUGUUUAUUGAGGGACCCGAAAUUGGGCAAGGAGCAAAGUAGGCCGGAAGCUGAGGGUGGAAUCGGCGGAGAGGGCCGAUAUGGUGCGAGCAAUGGCGAGGCUGGAAACGAGGGGAAGACGAAAUGGUGGGCUCGGUUGAGGUGA